AUGAUUUGGGUAGUUCUCUGUGCCGGUCUAAUUUGCACACCCCUUCUGGCCAGCGCUAAUCUUUCUAAGCGGCACGCUAUCGGUUGCUCUGAGCGCUGUGACAAAUCGCUAUGCCCCCCAAUCCCGGCUGACUGCCUGGCCGGCGACAUCCUGGACCAGUGCGACUGCUGUCCGGUGUGCGCCUCUGGCGAGGGCGAAAUCUGCGGAAGAUUGGGCGACCCGGAAUGCGGGGAGGGCUUGGAGUGCUCGGUCAGCGACGGCGUGGGCUUCUCCGCCACGAUCCGGAGGAGGGCGAAAACCGGAGUGUGCGCGUGCAAAAGUGCCGAACCGGUGUGCGGCAGCGACGGAGUUUCCUAUCGCAACAUCUGCGAGCUGAAGCGGGUCAGCAACCGGGCUCAAAAGCUCCAGCAGCCGCCUGUUAUCUUUAUACAGAGAGGAGCCUGCGGUAAAGGUCAGGACAACCCAGACAGCCUAAGACAUCGAUACAACUUCAUCGCCGACGUGGUGGAGAAAGUGGCUCCCGCCGUGGUUCAUAUUGAACUCUACCGCAAGAUGGUGUUCUCCAAGCGUGAGAUGGCUGUGGCCAGUGGCUCGGGCUUCGUUGUGUCCGAGGACGGGCUCAUCGUUACCAACGCUCACGUGGUGGCCAACAAGCACCGUGUCAAAGUAGAACUGAAGAGCGGCGCCACUUUUGACGCCAAGAUCAAGGAUGUGGACGAGAAGGCCGACAUUGCCCUCAUCAAGAUCGAUGCCCCGAUGAAGCUGCCCGUACUGCUGCUGGGCCGCUCGGCGGACCUGCGGCCGGGGGAGUUCGUGGUGGCCAUAGGCAGUCCCUUCUCCCUGCAGAACACCGUCACCACGGGCAUCGUCAGCACCACCCAGCGCGGCGGGAAGGAACUGGGCCUCCGCAACUCCGACAUGGACUACAUCCAGACGGACGCCAUCAUCAACUACGGAAAUUCUGGAGGCCCGUUGGUUAACCUGGACGGGGAAGUGAUCGGAAUCAACACCCUGAAAGUGACCGCGGGCAUCUCCUUCGCCAUCCCCUCCGACAAGAUCCGUCAGUUUCUGGCAGAGUCACAUGACCGGCAGGCCAAAGGCAAAACGGCGCCCAAGAAAAAGUACAUCGGCAUCCGGAUGAUGACUCUAACUCCGACGCUCGCUAAAGAGCUGAAGGAGCGACAGAAAGACUUCCCAGACGUCACCUCCGGGGCGUAUGUCAUUGAGGUCAUCUCGAAAACACCGGCUGAAGUAGGGGGCCUGAAGGAGAGUGAUGUCAUCAUCAGCAUCAACGGGCAGCGCAUCACCUCUGCCAGUGACGUCAGCAGCGCCAUCAAGCGCGACGACAGCCUGCGGCUGGUUGUGCGGCGUGGGAAUGAGGACGUCAUUGUCACCGUCGUCCCCGAAGAGAUCGACCCUUGACCAGCGCCGUGCAGCCGCCGGCUCCCCAGUCCAUGGACCUCUCCGCGCCGGCACCAAGCCGCCGCUCUUAGAACCCGCAACCCGUAGUGUCGCUCUUAGCGGGCGGACGGAAAACUUUGUCUGCUCCGGGAGCUGUUCCGUGCACGAAGAUUUGCAGCCGCGUUUUAGUCUCACUUCGCUAACCGUGCGUUUUACCUUACUUAUGUACGCUUCGAAAGACAUUACCACUGUCCGUGUACCUGCACUCGGUUGACCAGCGUGUCUUUACGGAAGAGCAUCGGGGCCACCUAAAAGGGAACAAAUUAUAAAACUUUGAGAUUUAUGUAAAAAAUUAUGAGACAGGUCAAAUUUUGAGGUUAAAGUCGAAAUAAACUUUCGAGAAAAAGGUCGAAAAUAUUAAGAAUAAAGUAGAAAAUUCUGAGAUUAAACCUGAAUUAUAUGGAUAGCUCGUCCUAGUAAAAAUGAGUCUUUAUUCCAUGCGGAAUGUGCCAGGAAGGCCGAAUGUGUGGCAUCUGGUGUCAUCGUGUAAGACGAUCGAUUCGCCCUCUACAGAUAUCUCACAGUCGCUGACAGGUGACUUUUUUUCUUCUCGAAAGUUUGGAACUAUUUGGACUUGAAUCAAACUUUUGACUUUAAUCUCAAAAUUUUAGAUUUCAGUCUCAAAAUAUUUUAUAAUUUGUGCUAUUAGGUGGCCCUAUACUCUUCCAUAUGUCUUAAUCCUUUGUGUUUCUACGUCAGUUUUUAUAUAUUGUACCUAAUCACUCAGAGAACCCCGGCACGGGACACUUGAGAGAAGAGUUGGAAUUGCAGGAUACUGUAGAUUUUUUUUUAAUUUGAUUUAGUGUUGUUUCGUUUUCUUUCUGAUGACACCUAGGAGAAAAGGGAAUAAACGUUUUUCCAUAGUCUUUUUCCGAAGCUAUUUGAAUAUCUUGAAUAAUUUGGACUAAACGUUGUUUUGCAAACAUAAAAGCACACGCACUCGCAUGCUUCUGUUUUCAGUGUCAGACUUAAACUACACUAAUCGGCGCUUGUAGCAAGUUUACUGCUCGUUCUAGAUCUUGCUGAGCUGGACAGGCUGUCCUCAGAGCAUAGCUGAAUCUUGGCUUUCUGGGCGAAAAAUGCUUCCAGGUCUCCUGAACCGAGAGAGACUCAGGUCCAGCACAAAUACCGGCACGCAGAGACGCGCGUAAAUCACACUCUCGGUGUGUCAUUCUCUGGCGCGCCUCCGCAGGUCAGGGUUACUGGGGCGCUGCGUCGGCCCGAUGGUGAAAAUGAGUGCGUGAGGACACUGAUUUUUCUUCAGAGAUGAAAGCUGACUGGGAGUGCACCCUGGAACUUGGAGCGAUUUAUUUGGGCAAGUUCUGCUGUUCACUCGGGACUUGGAAAAUCAGAUCUGCUCUGUAUUCUUUUCACAGAAGCCUAUGUUUCGACCCAAUCCAGCAAACAUGUAUUCUUGCAUAUGAGUUAGUUUAUCGUCGCUUUACCUUUCUGUUAAGGUAAUCAAGUUUUAAACCGUGUAGGUCUGUGUACUCACAAAUGUCGAAUUUGGUCUGUAGACAAUAUUAACUGCGCUGUCAAAAAAAAAAAUCCUGGAUUAUGCUUCCCUCUAGUGGUGUUUCCGUGGCAGUGCAAUAUCGUAGGCCAUGUAACAAUCUGGGCAUUAUUAAACAACAAACUGGUGUGUACAAUAAAUCUCUGUAAAGUAA